UAGGAGGUAGGUACUUUAAGAAGAAACCCCUCAUGUUUAUAAAUUUUGUAACAUGAAAGUUUUUGAAUUCUUGGUGCUUAUUUCUACUUACUGUGUUUGUUUCAAUGAGAAGAUUUUAAAGAUAAGUGCAAUAUUACAGAAGACAAAUGAUUCAUUACCUCAAUUUUUAGUCAAUGGAGACACAAAUUCUUCUGAUUUAUUAGAAGAACUAAGUGAAGAUGAUAACUCAUCUGUUUUGAGAGAAAAUUUAGGUAGCAAGAGUUUUCAUAAGAUUCCAGAAAAAGAAUUUGAAUUUGAGGAAACAAAGCGAAAAAAAAGAUCACUUAAAUAUCAUAAAAAAGAUUCUCCUUACAGAUUUUCAUUGAGCCCUCCAAUCAAUAUUAAGAAAAAUGAUAAAUCUAUUUUGCGUAGAAAUAGUAUUUCGGAUUCUUAUUACACUGAUAAUAUUGAUGAUGAUGUAAUCAAUGAGCAUUUUAUUGAUUCAAGUGAUCCAGAAUUUAGAUCAUCUCCGAUUCUUGAAGAAAGAAUAUCUAUUGAACCUGUGAGUGAUAAAAUGAUUCAAGAUCAACGUUUUAUAGAUUUUCCAGUUGGCGAUAAAAUUGACAAGCUUAUUAGAAAUGCUGACAACGAACGUAAACAGUUUGAGCAAAUAAAUUCACAUAUUGGUUCAAAUUCAAUAUUCCCAAGCCAAAAUAACUUCCUUCGUAAUGCUCAAAAUAUAAUUGGAUUUCAACCUAAUGGUUUUAUUUCUCCUCAAAAAAAAGAUGUUUUAUUAAAAACAAGAAAUCAAAAUGAGCUAGUUAAUUCAAAGAAGUUUCUGCGCAAAGAUAUACCAUCUGUUUCUGAUAAUAGCAAUAUUUCACCUAUUCAAAAGAAGUUUCUGCGCAAAGAUAUACCAUCUGUUUCUGAUAUUUCACCUAUUCAAAAGAGCAAAGAUCACCUUUCUGAUGUUUUUCGAAGCAGUUCUAAAAAAUUAAAAGAUUUUUCAUCAAUUCUCUUUAAAAAAAACCAUAAAGCUGAUAAUAUGAACUUUAAGCAUACUUUAGGUGUUCCAUUUACAAAUUACAAAAGGAAUGCAUAUCCUGAAGGUUCUACAAGUCUUUUAGAGAAUAAAAACAUAAUCAAAGUUAUCAAUCUGAACUCAAGUGAUUCAAAUGAUGAUAUUAUUAUUGAUUAUGCAAAACAAUACAGUGGCAACAAGAGACUAAUUGCUGAUUUUUCAAAAGGUAACGCAGAAUUGAUUAUCUAUCCUUUGAACAAUGCAGACUAUGAUGGGUUGAUAUCUAAACGAAGUGAUAUACCUAGUAUCCAAACUUUACAUUUUGAGAAUGUUUUCAAAGCUAUGAUAGGUGAUUAUGGCAUCAAUCGUUGGGUAUACUUUGAUCUUGACAAAGGAGCAAAAAGGUUUGACAUUCCUGUCAAUACUUCAAACAUCAUUUCAAAAUCUACAAAAAAUGACGAAAAAAAAAUUUUGAAUUUAAAAGAAACUACAAGUAACAAACCAAAAAAUGAAGAUAAAAAAAGUUUGUUUAAAAAUAGUUCAAUGAAUGAAAAAGUAAAAAGUGGGAAAUAUGUUCAAGAUAAAGAAAAAACACCUCAAGCUUUCAAUGAUGAUGUAUCACAAAAUCAUAAAUCUCAAAAGAAAAACUUACAUUUUAGUCGUAAGUCUGGAGAUUUAACAAAUCAAAAUAAAAAGUCAAAUUUAAACUUACCUUUUAAGCAUAAGAUAAUUGAUGUAACCAAUGAUGAUGGUGAUGAUGAUGAUGAUUCUUUCACUCCUCUUGUUCAUGUCAAUCGUCAUCCUGGUCAGUUAACUAUCAAAGAAGAAACUCUUUAUCAACAGUAUAUGCAUAAUAAUCAAUUGACUUCAAUACCAAUUGAUGCUCGGGAUAAACGUAACCAUAUUCCAAAUAAUGCAAAAAAUGGAAAUGUACUCAAUAAGAGUUUAAACUUUGAACAUAAAAAAACAAUUAAUAAAAAAGUCUUACAUGGUAUGUAUAAUAAUUCUUCAAUAUUCAAAAGGUUUGAGGUACCAUCAUUAAUGGAUUCUAGCAAAUAUUUUCAAUAUUUCAUUGAUCAUCCAGAGUCUGUUGUUAGAGAAGCUGCAGCUGUUUUUAAGGAAAGAGGGGAGAUGGAAAAACAGGAAGAGGAACUUGGUAAAGAUAAACCAAAUGAACAAAAUUUAAAAGAUGUUAGUAUCUUGCAGCCCCUUGAUGCGCUUUAUCAUUCUGAUAAGUUUCCUAAGCAACCUAGUUUAAAAGAUGUUAUAGAUAAUUUUGACGCUCCUACACAAGUUGGUUAUCAUUAUGGACAACUCUUGUGGGGUUGGUUUUUAGCACCAAUGGAUGGAGAGUAUAUUUUUUAUUCAGCUUGUGAUGAUGCUUGUGAUAUUUAUUUAAGUCCUAAUGAAAGAAAGGAUCAUAUCAAGAAGAUCAUAGCACAAAAGCAGUGGUCUCAUCACAAUGAAUUUGACAAGUACCCUGAAGAGCAAACAAGUAUUGGGAUUAGAUUAGGUAAAUCUAAAUUAUACUUUGUUCAAGCUGUUGGCGCACAAAGUAUUGGGAGUGAUUGUUUAUCUCUUGGUGUUCAACUGCCAAAUGGUGUUUUAAUUCGCCCUAUUUCAAGAGAAUAUAUGUUAACAUCACCAAAAGCUCCCACAUCUGGUAGUAAUUUAGAAGAAGCCAAUAUCUUAGACCGUAAUGCAGUUGUAAGUGACAAUGUAACUCAACAGUUAGCUCUUCUUAUGAUGGGUAGUGAUGAAAAUUUAUCUAACAAUAUUAAUAGUGAUUGGAUCUCAAAUAUAAGUAAAGAGACAGAAGGCAAACAAGUUUUACAGGAGAAAAACAAAGAAAAUAGUUUUUCAAACAAAGAACCUGAAGUGUUAAGUAAAAAUUAUGAUAAUGAUGCUGUUUCUAAAAACAUUGAAAAACUUAAAGAAGUGGUAGCAAUUUUUGCAAAUAAAAUAAAUUAUAAACAAAUAGCACUUGAGAGGGCCAAGCAAACAGUAAUGAUAAAUAGUACAAUAUCAAGGCUAAAUAAAGCUAUUGAAGCUAUCAGCUCAAAGAUUGAAAGUAUUGCACAAAAUCAACCUGUUAAAUAUGUCAAUGAAAAUAAAAGUACCAACCAAAAUAAUUUAGAAAGUCUGAGUCUUUCUGGUGGUACAUUAGAAGAGUCAGAAGAAAACAACGGUUUAAAAGGAAGUUUACUUGAAGGGAAUCAAGAUAAUAAACUUGUUCAUCCAAGUUUUUAUAACCCUCAAAAUUUAAUGAAAUUUGAGUCAAUACUCAUAAAUUUAACAAACAAAAUUGAUUCGGUUGCUGAGAAAGUUGGAUUAAGCAAAACUACACAGAUACCUGCUAACAAAUUGAAAAAACCUUUCAUUAAUAAAAAUGGUUCUGAGAAAAAGGUGAUGAACAUGAACAAUGCAAUAAAUAAACUAGUUUUAGAAAUUGAAAAGCUGAAUGCAAUUGAUAAUGAUGAUGUUUCAAGUUUCAUUAAAAAAGAGGAAACAUUAUUGGGAUUAUUAAAUGUUUUGAUGUCGGUCAGAAAUUCAUUAAAUCCAAUUCAGCAAGUAAUAACCAACAAUCCAAUACUUCAAACUUUUACUUCUGAUUUUAGUGCACUUGAUGUGAUUUUAGCAGUGAAAAGAGUAAAUCAAGACCUGAACACACUUAAAAACACUUUAAAAGCAACUGGAAUUUUAGAAACUGAAAGAGGAAAAGCUAUAUUAUCCUUAAUAUCAAAAACUACACCUGAUCUAUCUUUCAGACCAAGUACUGCUACUUCUGAUGAAGUUAGCAAAAAUAAAUUUCCUACUUUUUCUUUUGUCAAUGGAAUCCAGGAUAUUGUCCCUUUAUUAUUGAAACCUGAAGCCAGUAAAUUUGGCAGUUUUUUACAUGGUCAACUAGAAAGCGUUAUGCAUCCAGAAAAUACAGCUACAUUGCCAACAGGAAAUGAAGCACCAUUAAGUUUGAUUUUAGAUAAUCAAAGUAUUAACAGUAACUUAUCACCUGCUAUUGUAAAUGCUGGUGUUGUUGCUAAUAAAGGCAUUAGAGGAGAAGAUUUUGGUAAUCCUUCUUCUUAUAACUUAGGAGUUGGACUUGACCAUUCGAUGCAAAUUCCUCAAAACACUGGUAAGUUAACCACACCAAUUUUAUCACCUUUAUUGAAUGACAUUAGUGUUUUCUCAGUAAACAAGCAAACUCCAGAUUUACCUAUCUUGAAUUCAAAGGAACAUGCAGACAUAUUGUAUAAAUCUAAUGACAAUUUUCAAAGGUCAUCACUGACAUUGCUACCUAAAACUUUACAAAUGUCGGUUAGUUCAGCUGGUUUUAUUCCAGAUGUAAAUUUUGCUGAAGUCUUAUUGCCAGAAAAUUCAUAUACACCUCUUUAUGAAAAUAGUCAACAGCAUAAAAUGAAUGCCACAAAUUUUGUACAGUUACUUACAGACAAAAGCCAAGAGAAAAACAAAGCAAAUAAAAGGUUCAGCAAAAUACAAAAUCAUGUACAACAAAGUUCAAUUGAAGCAAAGAAAAGAAGUUCAAAACCUUUUGUAGAGGUUAUUAAGAACUUUGGUAAUAAAUAUAAGAAGGAAGUAAAAAAGAGUUUUAUGAACAACAAUCUAAAGAAUGCAACAUUAGAUAGAAAAUAUUUUCAAGUUCAUGGUCAAGUCAGCAGUGAGACAGAAAAACCAGCUAAGAAGACUCGAACUGCUUCAAAAAAUGAAGAAUAUGAUCCAAAGAAAAAAUACUCAUCUGAUGAUGUUGAUGAUGAUGUAGAUUGGAAUAAAGAAUAUGAAAGACGAGAACAAAAGGAAGAUGAAGAACUUCAACAACAAGAAGAUAGAGAUCAUGAGUUAGAGAACCGCGAAGAAAAUCAGUUAGAUAAUUACUUAAAUCGGGAGGAAGAAAAUGACUAUACAUACAUGUAUAAAAAAAAAAAGUCACCACUUAAUGUGCUUCAAAAAACUUUAAAAAAUAAAAGUGAAAUAGGAGUAAAACGGGCCAAUGGAUAUUGGCACAACCCUGAAAAUCUUCACAAUGAUAAAGAAAUCACAGAAUAUGAAAAUCACAUGACAGCUCUUGAUAAAAAACGACGUCAUUCUCAUGCUUUGUAUCUAGAGAAGCAAGAUGAAGAAAUUGAUUCUGAGGAAGAUAAAAGACUUGAUGAAGCUCUAGAUAAAGAGAUGGCUGAAGAUGGGUAUUUCCAUCAUCACAACCACCAGAAGCACCAUCACAACCGUAAUCAAUAUGAUGGUUAUAACGAAAACAAGGACAUAAUUUCAACCCCAAAAAAAGGAAAACUUUCUCAAAAACAAUAUCGUUCUUUGAGAUUAAAAUACCAUGGUUUACAUCAACCUGAUCUUACUAAACGAGGUCAUGUUGUUUUGAUUGAUCCAGAAGAGUUAAAAAAAAUAUUACAAAAUGCAGAUUUGACUUCAAAAUUAACAUCAAGAAUAAAUGAUCAAAAAGAAGCAUCCAUUCAACCAUCUCCUCAAAUUAAUAAAGUUUAUGAUAAGGAAUUUUUAAAAGCAAGUAUUCGUAAUUCAACAUUGCCAUUUAAAAGAGAUCAAGAUUCAAAAGACAGUGAAAGUGACAAAUCAAUAUUAAAAGUUAAAAGCAAAGAUGAUAUCGUUGAUAAAAAUAAAAAUGAAUUUACUCAAGGCUUAAAUUCAAGUACUGCUGCAUUCAAUGCCAUGACGUCACAUUCAACGUCUACAUUCGACGUCAUGAAAACUGAAAUUGCUAAAGCAAUAGCAUCUGAAAUUGCCGCUCGCAUAAUCAGUAAAGACUCUGUUUUAUUUAACACUAUUGAGACAGUUGCUAAACCAUCCAUAAAUAUUGCAGAAGCAGUCAGCAAUGCAAUCUCUCGUAAUGAAGUUGCAAGCAUUCCCCAUUCUUUUAAAAGUUCGUUUCACGAUUUGAUAAAAGAAGUUAUCAAUCAAAGUUUGUCAUCAGAUAUAGGUUCAGCCAUUCCAAGUGCAAAGUUUGAAAACACUUCAGAUCAAUUAGCUAAAAGUCUUAACUUGACUGGAAAAAUAGAUACACCCAACAUGACAUCUGGUUAUGACAAAGACAAAAGCAUGAUGUUGUCUGAUGUAAUAAAACCUAAUGAAGUAACAAUGUUAAACAAAUUUCUAACACAACCAGCUAAGUUACAAGAGAUUUCAUCUAAAAUGUCUAGUCAUGUGAUUGUUCCCAACAGCUCUCGUCUACCACACAGCACAUCUCACCAUUUGAUAUUUAAGUCUGUUCAAUCAUCUGAAAGUAAAAAUGAACCACACGAUGAUCUUUCACAGUCUGCAUCUAUUAUACCAGGGUAUCAUCAAAUUAUCAAUAAAAAGAAGGAAAAAAAACAAACCCCGGAGGUAAUAUCAAUAGGAGCAGUUAUCCGACACAAUAUUCUUGGAAAUAUAAAAAGUGAUACUCAUUCCAUGUUUAAGUCUCGAAGAAACAAUUUCCCAGAGGUUAGAAGUGUUAUUAUUAGUAAUGUUCCUAAGAAGAAAAGAAUUCAAAAACUAAAAAAAAAAGUAAUAAAAUUAACUUUAAAACAUAAAGAUUUUAGUCUAGGAAAAAAAGCAGGUUACACUCAAAACUUUAAGAAGUCAGCUAUAUUCCAUCACAGUCAAAAGCCCGUUUCAGCUUUAAUUGAUGAUGUUGACGAUGAUUCAGAUUUGGUCAGUGGAGACUCUAGCAAUAUAGAUUCACCAGCAAAUUCGGUUGUUUUUAGUAAUUUUUUUAAAGUUUCAAAUGGUUUAGGGAAACUCUAUGACCGAAGUAGUAUUUCACCUUUGAAUGCAACAAAAUUUGGCGGUGAGAGUUUUUCUGGAGAAUUCAGUGAUAUUUUGGACCGUUUUUCAAAUGUGAUAGAUGACACAUCUAAUAAAAACUACAGUCAAUCGAACAACAACAAAAAAAAUGGAGUUUCAUUUUCGGGAAAUGACGACGAUAUUUUAUUUUCCAAUGUUGAGUUGAAUGUUAUCUAUGGAGAUAAAAAAAACGACAAGAAAGUUAAUAUAACCGAACAAAAAAACACAUGGAAUUUUGUCAAUUCAAAAUUAAACAACACAGAUUUUACCAACAAUCAGAAUAAAAACACAAGUUCGUUUCUAAGAAAUAAAAGUUUGAUAUCUACUACAACUUACGGCAACGGAGACAAAGCAGUUACUUACACCACUGAAACAAAAAAUGGAAAAACAAAAAUGACCAAAACAAUCAACUAUAGGAACGGUGAACCCAUUGAUCGUUGGACAAACGGUAGAAUUAAAAUAAAAAAGUACAACCCUAAUAGAUAUAACAAACCUCCACAUUCUGGAAAAAUUUUAAAUAAUUCAAAAAUAAAAGCUAAGUUAAAACCAAAAGAAUUGAAACCCAUUGAAAGCUCUGAUAUUAAUUCUGAUGCUAAUACAACUGGAUUAAAUGUUCUUGGAGGAAAGCAAGAAAAUCACGUAAAUUACAAUAAUUUUGAUUACGUUGAUAAUGGAGUUAACUAUACUGUAAAAGCACCUCUAAAUAUUCAUAGUAGCAACUCGAGCAAAGAAAAAAACCCUGAAAUUAUUCCGUCGCCAGGUAUUGAUAAGGUAAAGGAUAGCACCUCUAACCAAAAUCUACCAACAUCACCAGAAAAGGUAGGUGGGUUAGCUGAAUCAACUCCAAAUAUUUCUAGUUUAGCUACUAUGCCAAUAAAUAACCCUGAUCUACCUCCAUCAAUAAAUAACCCUGAUUUACCUUCAUCAAUAAACAACCCUGGUCUACCUUCAAUAAAUAACCCUGGUCUAACUUCAUCAAGAUUGUAUAACCAUAAUUUUAAUCUCUUGCCAACAAAUAAUCUAGGUAUAUCCACAUUAAAUAAUCCUGGAUCAUCACCUAUACAAAAUCAAAAUUUCAACAAACCAAAAUUAACUUCAUCAUUAUUAAACAAUGCUGGUUCACUGCUAAUACAAAAUCCUGGCAUAACUUCACCAACACUCACCAACUCUAGUUCAAUAUCAUCAGCAACAAAUAAUCUUGCAGUCACAGAGCCAAUAGUUCCUGACACAAACGAAAUACCAAUGGCUGCACCUGUGUUAGAACAAAAUCCUCCUCUUUUGCAUUCUAAUCUAUUGUCUCAGCAGCAAAACCAAAUAUAUCAAGCUCAAACUCCUUAUGAUGAUCCAUAUGACACUACAAAAACGUAUUCUGAAAAUCAAGCUAUAACAAGCGCAUUGCAGCCAUGUAAUGAGGAACCGAUUUAUCAAAAUGGCCUGGAAACAAAUAUGUUACCUGAUAAUACUCAUCUAACAGAACAGUCUAUCGCAGCUCAAUCUCCUGUAUCAUUUGCAAGUUCUCAACCACUGGAACAAAUGAUGCAAACCAAACCUCAAAGCUUAUAUAAACAGCCAAUCACUGGUCAUCAAAGUUUUGUCAACUCAUCUUGUCAUACUAUUGAUAUGACUAAAAUUAAUCUUCCGAACAACAUACAGCCAUUUUUGAGAAAUGAUAAAAUAAAAGCUAAUAGAGUAAUAAAUCCAAUUGAAGUAUCAAAUACACUCAAAAAUAAGCAGUCACUGAGUGCAAAAUCAUCAGGACUUCGUGUAGAAAGUACAAAUAGUCACGGUCAAAAUAAUAAGACAUAUUUUGAUGAUGGAAUAUUAACUAUUGAGGAAGAAAACAUUGCACCGAAUUCAAAUAUACUUUUUUUUAAAAAAAACAUUAAAAAGGUUUCAAAAAUAAACGCUAAUAAUUUUCAAGGAGAAAGUAAUUACAAGUCCAACCAUUAUGACGUUGACAAUUUUUCAGGAAAUUUCAACGAUGAUGGGAGUUCUCCCGUUUUUGUUAAAUAUCGGUAUCAUGUACUGAGCGAAGAAGAAAAAAUUGCUUCAAAUGAUGAAUCCUUAUUACCUGAGGACGAAGACUUAGGUUCUGGAAAAAAUCCUGUGACCCAUGAAAGUUUAAUUCAAAAAUCUGACAACAUUGUUUUAUCAGCUUCAGGUUUGCCAUCUUUGUCACUAAACUAUACGAAACCUGGUAUUAAAAUAUCAUCUGUCCAUUUAAACAAUAGCAGUGCUAGAACAAAAAAUAUUUUGAUUAAAGAGAAAGAUUUUAUGGUGCAGUCUAAAAAUCAAGUUGCAUCAAGAAUGCAAUUGCCAGAAAUCUCUAAUGUGCGUCAGAAAUAUCCGACAACAAAAAAUAAAUCGUCGCAAACUAAACAUUUAUUGAAAGUUAAAUAUGAUUAUUCAAAGCAUAAAGGAAACAUAACAUACAAUCGUGAAAGUAAUCAAAGUAAUUCUCGACCGGUAAUGCUUAAAAAACCAAUCAAUCAAUUUAUCAACCGGCUGUCUUUACAAAUGUCUCGACUUAAAAAAAGCACUCUUGGUGUAGAUUGAAAAAUUUCAAACGCAUUUUGACACUUAUAGUUACUCGUUUUGACAUUUUUUAAAUUUCGAAAAAAAAAACGAACUCCUAUGAAGAACAUAUUCUUAAUAAAAAAAUUAACAAUUUUAAAAUAAUGAUAUAAGGACAGUAUGUUUUGAGAAAUAAAGUACUUACCUGCGCUUUACUUCUUGUCAGUUGAUAUAUGCUAUAUGUUUAUAAUCCAUGCAUAGCACCUGAUGUAUUAAUUAUUAAAUAUGCUGAUAUCAGAACUGUAUUUUAUCGAGCGUCAAUGGUACAGCGAUUAUAAAGAUUACUUAGAAAAAUUACGGUUAUUAUGACUAAGAACAACUUUUUCCAAGUUAGAUGUUUUACUAUCCAAGUUAGAUGUUUUACAAUCCAAGUUAUAUGUUUUGAUAUCCAAGUUAGAUGUUUUUUGGUCGUUGAUUUUUACUUAGCAUCACCAUAGUGUCUGUAUGUUUUUUUGAUUGACCUCAAACUUACGUUUGGCAUUUAUCUAACUUUAAUUGACUUCAAACUUAUGUUUAGCAUUUUUAUCUGACUACUUCUAUUUGUAAAGUUCUUAUCCAAAGCUAUUUUAUGAUUUUUUUUGUUUUUGAAAAAAAAAAGAAAAAGAAAACAAAUUGGAUAAUUAGUUACUAAACAAUAGAAAUAAAUGAAGAGAUUUUUUUAAAAAUAUUUUGUAAUUUAUAUAAUUUAUUUUCUAUAUUUCAUAAAACAAUUUUGUUUUUUUAUUUUUCUAUUAUAAGAUAAUGAAAAAGUGUAUUCAAAAUGUUAUUUAGAUAAUGGGAUAAAAUACUUUAUUAAGUCUAAAUAACAUGGCUGUCUAAGUACCAAGUAUAUCAACAGUUGAUUUUUAUUAAAGUUGUCAAAUAAGUUAUGAAUGUUGAAUCUAUAUUUAAAAGAUUUUUAAUUUAGUAAUGUGAUCCUAAAAGGUUGUUCAAGACAAAACUUUACAAACAUAAUUUUUUAAAU